AUGGAUCUCCUUCAUAGCAAUGGCGUGCUUAUCAUUCAGCAUUUGCAGAGGGACUACAGGGCUUACCAGGAUUUCCUUAAUUUUAUGUCACAUGUUGGAGAUCCCCGGAAUAUCUUCUCUAUUUAUUUUCCUCUCUGGUUUCAGCUCAAUCAAGUGGUUGGUACUAAAAUGAUAUGGGUGGCAGUCAUUGGUGAUUGGUUCAACCUCAUAUUUAAAUGGAUUUUGUUUGGCCAUCGCCCAUACUGGUGGGUGCAAGAAACAAUGAUUUAUCCCAAUCAGUCAAGCCCGUGUCUUGAGCAGUUUCCUAUAACAUGCGAAACUGGACCAGGAAGCCCAUCUGGGCAUGCCAUGGGAUCUUCCUGCAUCUGGUAUGUAAUGGUCACAGCAGCACUUAGCUACACAGUCAGAUGGAAAGAUAAAUCAGCAGUUACCCUUCACAGACUGACAUGGUCAUUCCUCUGGAGUAUUUUUUGGAUUAUCCAGAUCAGUGUGUGCAUCUCAAGAGUAUUCAUAGCAACACAUUUCCCUCAUCAAGUUAUUCUGGGAGUAUUUGCUGGCAUUCUCGUGGCAGAAGCAUUCGAGCAUACCCCUGCCAUCCAGACUGCAAGCUUGAGAAUGUACAUCAAGACAAACUUGUUUCUUUUCAUGUUUGCCUUUGGCUUUUACCUAGUUCUCAAGCUUCUUGAUAUUGACUUGCUAUGGUCUGUCCCCAAGGCCAAGAAGUGGUGUGCAAAUCCAGACUGGAUAAACAUUGACACGACUCCAUUUGCUGGACUGGUGAGGAAUUUAGGUGCACUUUUUGGCUUAGGUCUCGGAAUUAAUUCUGAAAUGUUCAUCGUGAGCUGCAAAGGUAAAAAUAGCUGUAAGAUAAGUUUCCGUGUGUUGUGUAUAGCUGCCUCGUUAGCUACACUGCAGCUGUAUAAUUUCCUGAAGAUACCUACUCAUACUGAGUAUUUGUUCUACAUUCUCUCUUUUUGUAAGAGUGCAGCUAUGCCUCUGACUGUAGUUGCCUUGGUUCCGUACUGUGUCCAUUCGUUAAUGAGGACAACUGAAAAGAAACUUAAGUAGAUAAAGUCUGCAAAGAGUUAGCAAUGUGGGGAUGGAUGGACACGAACUGCUCGAGAGCCCUCUGCAAAGGCAGUUAUGCAAACCCAUUUUAACCAAGGGGAAUGCCACUGCAUCUGUGAUGUGCUCUUGGUAAGUAACCAGUAUGUCCAAAAUCAGCUCAGAAAUACUAAUUCCUGAUUCUUUUCCUAGAAGUAUUGCAGCCACACUGUAAUAUGGUUGGAAAUGUCCCAAUAAUCCUGGUCACAGUCAAGUUUUAAAGUAUAAUCAACAAGUUUUAUUUAGUUACUUGGUCUUUUAGUUCUGCCCGUCUCCAACUAGAUGGUGUUUCAAGCCUCAAUUGUACAUAGUGAUACUCAAUAUUUAAUUUUUAUAUAUCUAGGUAUUGUGUGUUAAACUGCUAAAGGUGUGACAGUAUCACACCACCUUCAACCAUACAGCUGUACCCAGGCACUGUGAUAAAGGCCAGCAUAACUAUAAGCAAGGCUUUAGAAAUAACUUCUUGGGCUUCCUGA